UCUCUACUCUCUCUGUCCCCGUCUCUAUCUCUCUCACUGGCUUUCUCGCUUCUUUAUUUCGGGCUGUGCGAUCUCCUCUUUCCAUGCCCUUUUUCUAUUUCCAUUAUUUUAUUCCAUUCUAUGACCUCCACCUUUUUUGCCGUUUGCACCUUCUCUCCCCUUUUCGGGAGCUCUUUUCCGGCCCCUUCGCAGUCAAAAUAGUCCACUUAUUUCUCUCUCUCUAGGGCUUUCUUCUUAUGUGUGGUUUUUUCUCUUAAUUCAGUAACUUUUGUUCCCAGUGAACAAUCCAAUCCCACUUGAACAAUCCAAUCCCAGUUGUUUUGGGGUGUUUAUGGGCACGAUUUCAUCUGGGUUUUGCUUGAAUGCUCGAUUCUGUUAUGGGUUUACUGGUAAUGCUUCUUGGGUAUCAUUUCGUAGUUGGGGGGAUCCAUUAAACCAUGCUCUAUGAUAUUGGUGAAGGUGGGCAGGACCCCCAAGGUGGGGAUGGCCUCUGCUGGUUGAGUCUCUCUUUCUUCUUCGUUGUUGCGACAUAGGCAAAGAGCUUGAAUUUCCUCUUUCUUUCCCUGUUCAUACAAUACACAGUAAAGUGGUACUGUUAUGUGUAUUGGAGUGGUGGAGCUCUGGUUUCUGGUUUUUAUGAUCCCUUUUGAAUUGGGUUUUGGGUGUAUCACUGAAAAGUGGGCUCCCUGCUUCCUAAUCUAAGGAAUAAACCAUGAGAAACCUUCUCAAGAAGUUUCACAGAACACCCACUCAAUCGGACGAUUCGGAUGUGCCCCUAUCUUCUCAGUCCGAGCAGUUGCAGAAGCCACUCUCGGCUCUAUCGGGUUGGUUGAGCUCGGUAACUCGCCAUAGCCCACCGUCAUCUUCGAGAAGUUCUAGGGAUUCGACCGAUGCUCAAGCUAGUCCAUCAAAUACAAGGCACAGCCCGGGUUCAUCAUCGAGGGUUUCAAAGGAAUUGGCGGAUGUUCAACCAACCCCUUCCAGUACUCGUGGCUGUGGUUUUGUGAAGGUGGAUUCAGACUGUGUAAGCACAAGCGAUCCAGCUAUGGAGGAGGAGUACCAGAUACAGAUUGCCUUGGCAUUGAGUGCUAAUGAGGAUCCAGAGGCUGCUCAGAUUGAGGCGGUAAAGCAGAUCAGUCUGGGUUCUUGUGCCAUUCAAAGCACCUCUGCUGAAGUUGUUGCUUAUAGAUACUGGAAUUACGAUGCUCUUGGUUAUGAUGACAAGAUUCUAGAUGGAUUCUAUGAUCUGUAUGGCAUUUUGUCAGUGUCCACAUCAGAUAAGAUGCCUUCUCUUGUCGAUCUACAAGAGACGCCAAUAUCAGACAACAUCAGCUGGGAAGCAGUAUUGGUUAACCGGGCUGUAGAUGAUGACCUGGUAAAACUGGAAGAGAGGGCCUUGGUAAUGGCUAUGGAAUCUAGGUCGGUUUCCUUUGGUGUCAUAGGAAGUGAUUUGGUGAAAAAACUUGCUGUCCUUGUCACUGAUUACAUGGGCGGAUCAGUUAAGGAUCCCGAGUGCAUGUUGAAGGCAUGGAGAGUCCAAAAUGAUGGCUUAAGAGCUAUGGUUGGAAACAUGGUCUUGCCUCUUGGUCGCCUGAGGAUUGGAUUGGCUCGUCAUCGUGCAUUGCUUUUCAAGGUUUUGGCAGAUGGUGUGGGCAUUCCAUGUCUUUUAGUAAAAGGGCUGCAGUAUACAGGGGCAGAUGAUGGUGCCAUGAACAUUGUAAAGAUAGAUCAUGAAAGGGAAUACAUUGUUGAUCUUAUGGGAGAGCCUGGUACACUUAUCCCGGCUGAUGCAGUGGGAACACAAAAUGAAUAUGAGGAUACUGUUCUUUCUGUUAGCAGCUCAUUUCUUAAGGAUGUUGAGAACAUAAGCUUAGCCCCAUCUGCCAGUGCUAGUGUAAGCUCCUGCUGCGGGGCCUCAAAACAUGCGCCCAAAGAUUGCAGGUCUGGAUCUGGGAGUGCCAUCCAUGAGGAAAGUGAGUCAAGCAAUGCAAGAGGCCUGAAUAAGUUUGAGGAUAAAAAAAACAUGAUGUCAGUGUCUUCUAACAAGGGAUCUCCAUCCAUGCAGCAUGAAAGGGAGAAAUCAAAGUUGGAUCCUGGGGGGGAUUUUCAAAAGCUUUAUAAUAUUGAAGUACCACCUGCUCGAGGGUUCUCUGGCAAGACAAAUUAUCCAUAUGUACAUGCUAGGUCUCCUUCAUGGACUGAGGGUGUUAGUUCUCCCUCCGUCCAGAGAAUGAAAGUAAAAGAUGUCUCUCAGUACAUGAUUGAUGCUGCAAAAGAGAACCCGGAGUUAGCACAGAAACUACAUGAUGUAUUACUUGAAAGUGGUGUUGUGGCCCCUCCCAACUUGUUCACUGAAAUUUCUACUGAGCAGCUUCAAGCUCAGGCAAUUGAAGACAAGAAACAAGCUGAAGAUCACUUUGAAAAGAAGAAAAGGAAGAAUGGGACAAGGUUUAUUGGUGGAACCGAUGCUGGUGCCCCAUGUCGACUUUUGCCUCCAGUUCCUAACCAUGGGGUGGCAUCAAAAGUAUGUCCAGGCUUUGAUCAUAAGGAGCUCAUCAAGCCUGUGGAGGGUUUGGGGCUUCCCCAUACAUCAUCUCCAUUUGAAGUGUCAUAUUUGCCUGCUUCAUCUUUACCGGAUAAUUCUCAAGGAAAGUUCAUAAAACAUGUGCCAGUUGCUGCUGUUGCUGCUGUUGCCUCUUCAAUGGUAGUUGCAGCUUCCAAAUCGAGCAUUGAAUCUAAUCUCGAAGUUCCUGUUGCUGCUGCUGCUACUGCUACAGCUGCAGUUGUAGUAGCAACAACUGCAGCCGUCAGUAGGCAAUAUGAGCAUAUGGAUUCUUUUCAAGCCCUGUUGCCAAAUGGUGCUUUGUGUAAUAAGCAGAUAAAUUGUAAAGUUGGAACUCUUGAAGCUGAUGGUGGGGUUAAAGAGCCGCAGGGAAUUGAUCAUGGGAAGGAUAUUGGGGGACAUGUUCAGAGGAACCAGGAGGCCUGUGCUGCUCAUCAUGAGGAUGAGAGGACUUCAGACAAGUGUACAGGGAAUGAAAGUGUGCGAUCUGAUCCAGCACUAGAUGAUGUAGCAGAGUGGGAGAUACAUUGGGAAGAAAUCACAUUAGGAGAGCGCAUUGGACUUGGAUCAUAUGGGGAGGUAUAUCGUGGGGACUGGCAUGGAACGGAAGUUGCUGUCAAGAAAUUCUUGGAUCAAGACAUUUCAGGAGAUGCCCUUGAAGAGUUUAGAAGUGAGAUUCGGAUCAUGAAAAGAUUGCGCCAUCCUAAUGUUGUACUAUUUAUGGGAGCAGUUACUCGUGCUCCAAAUCUUUCAAUAGUGACAGAGUUUCUUCCUAGGGGUAGUUUGUAUAGGUUAAUUCAUCGGCCGAACAAUCAAUUAGAUGAAAGAAGGCGUUUGAGAAUGGCACUCGAUGUUGCCCGAGGAAUGAAUUACUUACAUAACAGUACUCCGUUGAUAGUACAUCGUGAUUUAAAGUCACCAAAUCUUCUGGUUGAUAAGAAUUGGGUUGUAAAGGUUUGUGAUUUCGGGUUAUCUAGAAUGAAACAUAAUACGUUUCUGUCCUCAAGGUCAACUGCUGGGACGGCUGAAUGGAUGGCCCCUGAAGUUCUACGAAAUGAACCUUCGGAUGAGAAGUGUGAUGUCUAUAGCUUCGGUGUAAUACUAUGGGAGCUUGCCACGAUGCAACAGCCUUGGGGUGGAAUGAACCCUAUGCAGGUUGUUGGUGCUGUUGGGUUUCAGCAUCGUCGCCUUGACAUUCCAGAUGACAUGGAUCCCGUGCUUGGUGAUAUAAUAAGGAAAUGUUGGCAAACAGAUCCAAAAUUGCGGCCUUCAUUUUCUGAAAUCAUGGCAGCCUUGAAACCGUUGCAGAAGCCCAUGACAAGCACAUCUGUUACUAGACAAGGGCGCAACAGAUAAACCAGCCAGCCAAAUGACAGACAUCUGGAAACAACCCGGUGGGCCAACCUGGUUCAAACAACAACUGAGGUUGAUGAUUCAUGACAAAUGGAUGAGAGAGCUAACAUCUUGGAGCUCUCAAAGCAUCGAUGUUCAUAAGUUGCCCUCUGCCUUCUGUGAGGGUUCAUAUAUUUUUUGGGAUUGGUGGGUGUUAUUUCAGUGGUUUUUGUAAAUUCUUGGCUUGUUAGUUAUCCAUCCCCAUUGUAUUGAUGAAGGUUUCCAGUUGAUUGGGCAGUUCCAAGUGUAAAUUCUUUGCUCUUCAUUCUCCAUUUCUUGCAUACAGAUUCUUUUGGAGAAAUUUGGGAUUUGUUUUGGUUCCAUCAAAUUUAUGGGUAGGUAUUGGGUGUUUGAGUUACCAGGUCAAGUUCAGAAAUGUUUCUUGUGAUAAAAUCACGCUCCCAUCAACCUUCACAUUGGGAAUGGGGGUAUGGCUUUAUGAUACGUGUUUUCAAAGGCAAUCUGCUUGAAAGGAUUUGUGACGAUCGGUGGUUGGAGGGCGAAAUAACUGGUCAAGCGAGCCAGAUUUAUGCAGAUGGAAAGACCAUAACUGUGGGGGCAGGCAACUUUGAUUACAAAUGAGGAUAAAAUUAUCCAAAAUGCCAUCAGAUUUGAUUUGUUCAAUGGUAGAAAGUUGAUUUCUUCUGCUAUACUUGCAUAAAGGAAUGUAUUCUCCUAGUGUUUUGCUGAUUCUUAUAAGUUUAAUCUUUAUUUACUACCAAGAGAAAAACUUAAAUCCUUAUUGCGGUUAAUUUAGGCAGCAAUAAUAUCAGUCUCUAAGAUGUGCUUUAUGUUU